GACACGCUCCCCCCCUCCCGUCCCUCCCCCACUCUCUCUCUCCGGCGCAUCCAGAACCUCCGGCCGGCGCGGCGGCGGCAGCCAUGGCGGACGCGUACUGGCGGUACGCCGACCUCCAGCGCCAGCAGCAGCAGCAGCAGAUGCUUCCCCCCUCUGCCGGGGCCCCGCAGUCGUCGCUGGCCGCGGCGGCCGCCGCAGUGCAGCAGCCCCUCAAGCGCCCCCGCCCCGGCGACUACUCCGCCGAUGGACAUGGUGCUCCUGAGAUGGCGGGCUAUUACCCUCGUGAUGAAGAAAGGCCAGGAUAUGCUGCCGUGAGAGAUACACAGGCUCUUAAUGCUUCCUAUGAGCGUUUUCUGCGUACUGGGCAAAUUCAGUCCUAUGGCGCUGGACCUGCUGGUGGAUCUGUCAGGCCUACCGCGGGAGCCAGUGCUGGUGGCUACCAAGCUGAUGAUCGUCCGGGCAUGGCUGCUGGGGGUAUGAAUGGCAGGAAUGUUGGUUUUGGUGGUGGAAUGCCAGAGCCUCCCCUUCCCCCAGAUGCCUCAAACACCUUGUUCAUUGAAGGCAUCCCUCCUGAUUGUGAACGCCGAGAAGUUUCUCAUAUCUUUCGACCAUUUGUUGGUUUUCAGGAGGUGAGACUUGUAAACAAAGAACCAAGACAUCCUGGUGGUGACCCAAUCGUCCUCUGUUUUGUUGAUUUCACUAAUGCUUCUCAAGCAGCUAUUGCCAUGGAAGCUUUGCAAGGCUAUAAGUUUGAUGAACAUGACCGCAGCUCACCUCAGCUGCGGCUGCAGUUUGCUCGUUUUAAGGGUCCAAGGGGGCAAGCAGGAGGACCUGGUGGUGGUGGCGGCGGCGGCGGUGGUAUUAGGCGUUAAGUUGUUGGGUCGAUGAUUCAAUCAUCUCGACCGCGAUGUUUGCUGAAUUCGCUUGACCACAAGCUCUUGGCGGGGUGACAGCACCAGCUAAUUUAUUUCUUAUCACCUCGUAGGUCCGAUAACGUGUGGAAGUGCGACGAUGAUAUUUUGUUUGUUGUUCUAGAUAUAUAUUUAUUUGUCCCCAUAGUACUAGUAUUGAUAGCUUUUGCUCCCUCUACCGUUCCGAAGUCAUUACUACCUUGGCCUCGCAAGGUGAUCUCUUGGACGAAAUGAACUAUUUAAAUGUGGAAGGGGAAAACGACCGCGGCAACCUCAAGGCUAUGUCUGAAUCGUGUGGAAUUGUAUUGUAUUGUACAAACGGUUUUGCUGGUUAAUGCGUGUUGCUCCAUGUAAUCUGCUCUUGUGUGCUGCAUUAUCACCCAGCUGUUAAUUUCCUCGUCCUUCGACCACA